AUGUCUUUACAAGCAUAAACCAAAUUAAUUGGUUCUGAUCAACUUUCCUUAUUAUGUACAGGAUUUAUUAGGUUUAUAGAAGAAGUAAUUAAAAUCAACACAUUCUUAGAUUUUUUUACCUAUUCCCAAGUAAGAUACAAAAUAAUUUCAAUAUUGGACCAAGUUUAAGGAAAUAAUUGAUCCAAUUAAUUAAACCAUUGAAAUCUCUAAAAUUCCUAUAUUUUUCUAAUGCAUUUAACAAAAUUAGGAAAAUUAUUCAUCUACUUCCAUUUCAAAAUUAUAACCGAAAAACACUUAAAGUCCGUAAGAUAGAAUUUAUAAUAUAAAUGAUAUUUAAAUUGAAUCUUGUGAAUUUGAAAUCAAAUUGAAAGAAAUCACAGAAAGAAUUAAUAAAACAUUCCAUCAAAAUAAUACACAUUUAGAAAUAUUAUUAAAGAUGAAUGAUACAACUUAGAAUUCAAAUUUAAAAUUAGAAAUAAGUAAUUAAGGAACCACAUCUAUAAAUCGAAGGAUUGAUUUUAAAAGAAGAAAUACAGAUUAUUAUUCAUUAAAACCAAUAAAUAGAUGA